UAUGUUCAACAAAAACCAAAAAUUCAUAACACAAAUCCAAUGAUUAUCAUUUCCAUCGUCAUGUGUUAAAAAGAGAAAUAACAAUAAGUCAAAUAACCAAAAAAAAAUAAAAUAAAACAAAAAAUAUUUUUGCUUUUUGGCUUCCAUGUGGAAUUUUGGAAGUUCAAACAAUAAACCCCGUCCCGCUCACGCUCCUCCCCCUCUCUCCCUUUAUAUCAACACACACACUCUCUCUUUCUGCUGUCACUUCCACACAUUUCCUUUUCCGAAGCUGAGCCUCCGGACCCACUCCUUCUUCCUCCGAGCUCUUCCGGCCGUCGCCGUCGUCGGAGCUCCCGCAAGCAUAGUUCCAUGAACAAGGGUUCCGACUGAAUUUAUUAUUUGCUCUUCUACAAGGCAGGCAAAUAUGAAUAAGGAAAAUGCAAAUGCUGCCAAAGUUGAAGACCCUAAUGUCCGAAUCACAAGAGCACGGUCUAAAGCCUUUGGCGCAUCCAGUGAGGAACUCUCCUCCUCGAAACUUUUCAUUAAACAAGAUCAGAAGCGUGGUCUUCGAGCGAUUUCCAAAAGAGCAGCAUCAGAUGAGAACAAAGCAUCUGCAAUUGCUAAUGUUGGCUUGCAGCAUAAAAGAAGGGCAGUGCUUAAGGAUGUAGGAAACAUCACCUCUGAAAAUUCAUACGUUAAUUGCACUGAUGCAUCUCAGAUUCAGACUAACAAGCAGGCUAGAAGAGGACUUGGAAAGAAUGUUAAGGUGGCCUCAUCUGUCUCUGAAGCAAUUCCAAUAGUUCAAGACGACGUAAAAGCAAAGUUAGCUGAGGAAUUAUCCAAAAUAAGGGUGGCAGAACCCUUAGAGCCCACUCUGCCAAAAGAGCCAGUACCCCAGGGUAUGAAUCAUACCUUGGGACAACAUAAAGGAGCAGAUUUAAUGCUUACAAUACUGGCUCCCGCCGAAUCUGCUGAACUUUGGAACCCUCAAAAGAAAGAAGAAUAUAUGGUCGGGGAGAUAGUGGGAUCUUCAAAUGUCCUGGACAUCGUGAAUAUUGACUCAAACUUAAAGGAUCCUCUAGCGUGCAGCUUGUAUGCCUCUGAUAUUUACAGCAAUAUCUGCCUGACAGAGGUAGCGCGAAGACUUUCAACUGAUUAUAUGGAAAGAUUGCAGCGGGAUAUCACUCCCAGCAUGCGAGGAAUUUUGAUUGAUUGGCUUGUGGAGGUUUCUGAAGAAUAUAAGCUGGUUCCAGAUACACUUUACCUCACAGUAAAUCUCAUUGAUCGGUUUCUCUCUCAAAAUUAUGUUGAAAAGCAAAGGCUCCAGCUGCUUGGAGUCACUUGCAUGUUAAUUGCCUCGAAGUAUGAAGAAAUAUGUGCACCGCGAGUGGAAGAAUUUUGCAUCAUCACAGACAAUACUUACUCAAGAGAGGAGGUAUUAAAAAUGGAGAGUCAAGUUCUAAAUUUCAUGCAUUUCCAGUUAUCUGUUCCCACCAUAAAAACAUUUCUUAGGAGGUUCGUUCAUGCAGCUCAAGCAUCUUAUAAGGUUCCUUGUGUUGAACUGGAGUUAUUGGCAAAUUAUUUAGCAGAAUUGGCUCUUGUUGAAUACGGCUUCCUGAAGUUCCUACCUUCCCUCAUAGCAGCCUCUGCUGUUUUCCUCGCCAGAUGGACGCUCAAUCAGUCAGACCAUCCAUGGAACCCUACUUUAGAGCACUACACCUCGUACAAAACUUCACAGCUCAAAACUACAGUUGUUGCACUGGAAGAUUUGCAAUUGAACACGACUGGUUGCCUCCUAAAUUCAAUUCGUGAGAAGUAUAAACACCAGAAGUUCAAGUCUGUGGCUACAUUGACCUCCAAACAACAGGUGGUUCACUCUUUCAAAGAUCAAUAAUUCACUAACUCUUCUAUAAGAGCUGAAUCGUGACGGAUAUUUAUUAGCUAGCAGAAGCUCUUUGCAUUCGGGUACUUUGAGUUUGAGGGACAUCCAGAUCUCCAACAUGAAAUUCCUUAACCUUCCAUCUAACUGUGUUGUCUGUCUGUCUGUCCGCUCGCCCUCCCUUCCUUUGUUGUUUAAUGUUUCUGGUGCUUCCAGAUCUGUCGUUGGAGCCCUCAAAUUCUUCUAGAUUAAGACACAGUUAGGACAAACAAUUAUGUAUUUGGCUCCUGGCAAAAUAAUGUACCAAACCUCUCACCACAUGGGGGAAGUUUUAAGAGCUACUGUUACUUGGGUUGCAAGUUUCAAACAGGAAAUGUGGCUCCUUGAUUGUUUGUACCUAAAACUUCAUAUAUGAAAAGAAAAAAAAAAAGAAGAAGAAAAUAGUUAUCAAUCA